AUGCAAUCAGACAAUCUCACCAACUCAAACCCCAUCACAACCUUACUAUACAAAAUGUCCAAACUCCCUUUAAGUGUGCGUGUCACCGAUGCCGUGCACCGAGUAUUUGUGCUUGGGCUUUUCGGUAUCACCGCCGUCGGUACAGGCAGCAUAUUGUUCAACAUCUACGCCAACUCAGAUUUCGGAGGCAUGAAUAAGAACAAGUUGAAGUUCAGCAGAGAAGAGUUUGACGAGAAGCGUGCAAAUGAAGCAGAAGAGAAGCAGUGA